AUAUGAAAAUCAGUUGGUUUUUAUACGUGUCGCGGCUUACAUACUACUUACGGAAGAGCGAAAAUAUUAAAUAAUUACUAAAAAUGCGCUUAUCUAAUUUGUGGUUACUGCUGAUCCUGCUUGGCAUGAUAAGCUACUCACUUGCACUUAACGGUGAGUGCACGGUGAGAAGAGGCAAUCGACGUGUACGCGUUUGUUGUAAAGGAUACAUUAAAGUGAGAACUGGGUGCAAACCUUACUGCUCUAAGGGCUGUGAGAAUGGGCUCUGCAUCAAACCGGAAGUGUGUGCGUGUAAACCUGGCUACGAGAAACAAAAUAAUCAUCGUUGCAUACCACACUGCGAUAAGUGCACGCGAGGCACCUGCAUUGCGCCGAAUGUAUGCAAGUGCAGUACCGACUAUGCGCUGAACGCCACUGGUGUCUGUGCGCCCGUCUGUAAGCCAGACUGCAAAAACGGUGAAUGCAUUGCGCCGAACAAAUGCAACUGCUUUCCCGGAUAUCAAGCAAAUGCCAAUGGUGACUGUGUGCCCAAGUGCGAAAAUGGCUGCGAGAAUGGUGUCUGCCAAGCGCCAAAUCAGUGCGCGUGCAAAAGCGGCUACGAAAAAGAUUCCAGUGGUCGGUGCCGUCCGAUUUGUCAAGGCGGUUGCCAUCAUGGCAUAUGUCGCGCCCCAAAUGUGUGCGAGUGUUCCAAGGGGUACCACAAAUCUGGCAAUAAAACGUGUAUCCCGUUUUGUGGUGACGAAUGUAUUAAUGGAAAUUGCGUAGAGCCGAACGUUUGUAAAUGUAAGCAAGGAUAUGAAAAGGAAUCGUAUAAUAUUUGCAGACCUAUCUGUAAACAAAAUUGCGGAAAUGGUAAAUGUAUUGCACCAAACUUGUGCGCAUGUAAUAAGGGCUAUGAAAUGUUUAAAGAAAAAUGCUUACCAAUUUGCUCGAGUAAUUGUCCGAAUGGUCGCUGCGUUGCGCCAGAUACCUGUGUGUGUAACAAAGGAUAUCUUAUGAGCGCUUCGAACGUCUGUGAUCCAGUUUGUAUCAGCGGUUGUCCGAAUGGUCGGUGCGUUGCGCCAGAUACCUGUGUGUGUAACAAAGGAUAUCUUAUGAGCGCUUCGAACGUCUGUGAUCCAGUUUGUAUCAGCGGUUGUCCGAAUGGGCGAUGCGUUGCGGCAGAUACCUGUGAAUGUAACGAAGGAUAUCUUAUGAGCGCUUCGAACGUCUGUGAUCCAGUUUGUACCAGCGGUUGUCCGAACGGUCGGUGCGUUGCUCCGGAUAUCUGUGAGUGCAGUAAAGCAUAUCUUCUGAGCGCUUCGAAUGUCUGUGAACCAGUUUGUUCUAGCGGUUGUCCGAAUGGUCGGUGCGUUGCGCCAGGUACCUGUGAGUGCAACGAAGGAUAUCUUAUGAGCGCUCAAAACGUCUGUGAUCCAGUUUGUACUAGCGGUUGUCCAAAUGGUCGGUGCGUUGCGCCAGAUACCUGUGUGUGUAACAAAGGAUAUCUUAUGAGCGCUUCGAACGUCUGUGAUCCAGUUUGUAUCAGCGGUUGUCCGAAUGGUCGGUGCGUUGCGCCAGAUACCUGUGUGUGUAACAAAGGAUAUCUUAUGAGCGCUUCGAACGUCUGUGAUCCAGUUUGUACUAGCGGUUGUGCAAAUAGUCGAUGCGUUGCUCCGGAUACUUGUGAGUGCAACGAAGGAUAUCUUAUGAGCGCUUCGAAUGUCUGUGAUCCAGUUUGUUCUAGCGGUUGUCCGAAUGGUCGGUGCGUUGCGCCAGGUACCUGUGAAUGCAACGAAGGAUAUCUUAUGAGCGCUCAAAACGUCUGUGAUCCAGUUUGUUCCAGCGGUUGCCCAAAUGGUCGGUGCGUUGCGCCAGAUACCUGUGAGUGCAACGAAGGAUAUCUUAUGAGCGCUCAAAACGUCUGUGAUCCAGUUUGUACUAGCGGUUGUCCAAAUGGUCGGUGCGUUGCGCCAGAUACCUGUGAGUGCAACGAAGGAUAUCUUAUGAGCGCUCAAAACGGCUGUGAUCCAGUUUGUUCCAGCGGUUGCCCAAAUGGUCGGUGCGUUGCGCCAGAUACCUGUGAGUGCAACGAAGGAUAUCUUAUGAGCGCUCAAAACGUCUGUGAUCCAGUUUGUUCCAGCGGUUGCCCAAAUGGUCGGUGCGUUGCGCCAGAUACCUGUGAGUGCAACAAAGGAUAUCUUAUGGGCGCUUCGAAUGUCUGUGAACCAGUUUGUUCUAGCGGUUGUCCGAAUGGUCGGUGCGUUGCGCCAGAUACCUGUGAAUGCAACGAAGGAUAUCUUAUGAGCGCUCAAAACGUCUGUGAUCCAGUUUGUUCCAGCGGUUGCCCAAAUGGUCGGUGCGUUGCGCCAGAUACCUGUGAGUGCAACAAAGGAUAUCUUAUGGGCGCUUCGAAUGUCUGUGAACCAGUUUGUUCUAGCGGUUGUCCGAAUGGUCGGUGCGUUGCGCCAGAUACCUGUGAGUGUAACGAAGGAUAUCUUAUGAGCGCUCAAAACGUCUGUGAUCCAGUUUGUUCCAGCGGUUGUCCAAAUGGUCAAUGUAUAACUCCUAAUACUUGCCAAUGUGUGGAAGGAUAUAUAUCCAACGCUUUGGAUGUUUGUGAACCCGUUUGUUCUACUGGAUGUUUAAAUGGGCAUUGCAUAGCUCCGGAGAAAUGUGAAUGUUUAGAAGGAUUUGCAAAAACCGAAAUAGGAACUUGUAAAGCUGUCUGCCUGAAUGGCUGUCUGAAUGGUCAGUGUGUUUUACCGAAUACAUGUGAAUGUCUUGCAGGUUAUGUAUUUAAUAAACAAAAUGUUUGCGAACCAGUUUGUUCAACGGGGUGUCAAAACGGCUCGUGUGUGGCGCCGGAAACAUGCAAGUGUAACUUUGGAUUUGCGAUGUCCCCGCUUAACAGUUGUGAACCCGUUUGUGAAGGUGGUUGUGUUGACGGCAAUUGCAUUGCACCUGGAGUGUGCAGCAAUAAUCCUUUAGAUUCGGUAUUUAGUAGUAGCACUAGUGGCUAUAUUCUAACAACAACGUUAUUGUCGAGUUCUUUUGAUAAUGACGACUAUAGCGAUGAUGACUAUAGCGAUAGCGGGGAAGGAAGAGACGAUAGCGAAUCUUCUGGAGAUAGCAGUGAGACCAACGCCUUUUUUGAAGCAAAGUAUCAUUGCAACCACCACUGUAUUCACGGAACUUGUCUCGGCGAUAGCUGUGUGUGCGACGAAGGUUAUGAGCUGCAGUUACAGGAAGACAAAGAUGUCUGUGUUGCCAUCUUACCUGCAAGUACUGGAGUUCUGAAAUCUUUUCGAUUAUAUAUCAUACUCGGAGUGCUUUCCUUACCGCUGGCCCUGCUGGUGUUGUUGUUGAUUUGUCGGAUCAGUUGCGAGAAGACGUAUAAUGUGGCGAAGAGAGAAAACCAGAUUGGUCUGAAGAACAUGUCGCGGAACGUGGACAUAGUAAGAGUACCUUAGUAAGAAGUACUUUGGGAUCUGUUGAUGUGUGUAUAUUACAACGUUAAUUUUUAAAUGAUCUUCAUAUUUGUAAAUAAAUAGUGUAGGUAAAGAAGCGUGAAAAAAUAUUAAUAAAAAUGCUAUAAGUAUCGUAAUCUAA